AUGGUUGAGGAUUGGCAGUGUAGGAAUUUUGAGAAUGGGUUGAGAGGCGAUCUCAAACUCAUGGUGGCUCCGCUCUCUAUCAAGGAGUUCCCUGCCUUGGUGGAGAUAGCAAGGGUAAUGGAGAAGCUAAAAGCUGAAGUUGAAGCUCAACAACGGUCUCAACAGAAGGUGGGAGGACCAUCUGGGUCCACGAGCCGACAGGAUGAUAGGAGGAAACCCUACUCUAGACCUCAGCCUCAGGGGUCCAAGAGAUCCUCACCUCAGUCUCACCAGCAUCACUCUCACAGGCCGCGAUGUUUUCAUUGUGGAGGGCCCCAAAUGAGGAGUACUUGCCCUCAGCUUGGUGGUAGGCAGACAUGUUACAGAUGUGGCCAGGAAGGCCACUUCCUUAGAGAUUGCCGCACUGAUAGGAGUGUAGUGCCGAGGCCUCCGACACAGACUCAGCCACAACAGACACGGGGAAGUGCAAGACCCCAGGCACUGGCCGAGUGUACGCCAUGA